AUGCAGCUAUCCACCCUCCUCCCCUUUCUGCUUACUACCACCUCCCUCAUCGCCGCCAAUUCUCUCCCCAAACCCCCCUCGACCUCUAUCGGAACAACAUCUACAGUACCCCCUCUGGGCAACACACUAAAUGUCACCGUCGUAACCGCACACAAUGGCCGCUCCGUGAUAGAAUGCUGGGCUCUCGAGCCGGACUUCGAGACCUCCACCGUGACCGGAACGGACGGCGCGUCAUUUCUAUCCCUCGGUCCUAUCGGCGGUGUUGAGGGUGGAAAUACGAGCUAUGUUGUUGUGCCGCCAGGGUUUGACGGUGGGAGACAUAAUUCGCCUGUUAACCAAUGGGUAUUCUGCCUCUCAGGCGAACUCCGCAUAACGCUUCCAAACUCAACUUCCUCAGCACGCAUCUCGGCAGGAAAGAACAGCGCCAUCCUCGCGCUCGACACUCCCGAUGUGAGUGAGCUGGGUCAUUACACGGACUAUCCGUCAAAGGAACGCUCGAUUGGGUUGGAGAUUCCCCUGGGGGCGGCGGGUGUGCCGAAGCAUCGGGUUUUGUCGCAAGGGGCUUGUGCAGGGGAGCAGCUUUUGGAUUGA